UGCGCGGGAGGGAGGUCGCGGCCUUGCCGCGCAGAGCGCCGUGCAGCCGCGAGGUGGCGCCAUAGUUGCAGCAGCUCCUGCUUGCUCCGGCCGCUCCAGAUAAGAGUGUGCGGAAAGCGCGGCGGGGCUGAGACGCGACCAGGACGCGGGGAGGACGGACCAGCAGGACAGACCGACCGGGGGCCCGGCGGGCGGAGGGCAGCGCAGCCACGUCCCCCCCUGGAUCCGCCGGCAGCCGGGCCCGGGGCUUCCGACAUGCCCCCCAGGAGAGUGUGCUGGGCAGACGAUGCUGGACACGAUGGAGGCGCCCGGCCACUCGAGGCAGCUGCUGCUGCAGCUCAACAACCAGCGCACCAAGGGCUUCUUGUGCGACGUGAUCAUCGUGGUGCAAAACGCCCUCUUCCGCGCGCACAAGAACGUGCUGGCGGCCAGCAGUGCCUACCUCAAGUCCCUGGUGGUGCAUGACAAUCUGCUCAAUCUGGACCAUGACAUGGUGAGCCCGGCCGUGUUCCGCCUGGUGCUGGACUUCAUCUACACAGGCCGUCUGGCUGACGGUGCAGAGGCAGCUGCAGCGGCGGCCGUGGCCCCAGGGGCCGAGCCAAGCCUGGGUGCGGUGCUGGCUGCAGCCAGUUACUUGCAGAUCCCUGACCUCGUGGCGCUGUGUAAGAAGCGCCUCAAGCGCCAUGGCAAGUACUGUCACCUGAGAGGAGGUGGCAGUGGUGGCGGUGGUUAUGCGCCCUACGGGAGGCCAGGCCGUGGCUUGAGGGCCACCACGCCCGUCAUUCAGACUUGCUACUCGUCUCCAGCCGGGCCUCCCCCACCGCCCACCUCCGAGCCGCCGGCGGGCCCAGAGGCCUCGGUCAACACGCACUGUGCUGAGCUGUACGCCUCGGGGCCCGGCCCUGCCGCUGCCCUGUGCGCCCCAGAGCGCCGCUGCUCUCCGCUCUGCGGCCUGGACCUAUCCAAGAAGAGCCCGCCGGGCUCUGCGGUUCCCGAGCGGCCCCUGAGUGAGCGCGAGCUGCCCCCGCGGCCGGACAGCCCUCCCAGCGCCGGCCCCGCCGCCUACAAGGAGCCCCCGCUCGCUCUGCCGCCGCUGCCGUCGCUGGCCUUCCAAAAGCUGGAGGAGGCCGCGCCCCCGCCGGACCCGUUUCGUGGCAGUGGCAACAGCCCGGGACCCGAGCCCCCUGGUCGCCCCGACGGACCCAGCCUCCUCUACCGCUGGAUGAAGCACGAGCCGGGGCUGAGUAGCUACGGUGACGAGCUGAUCCGGGAGCGCGGCUCCCCGGGUGAACGCUGCGAGGAGCGUGGUGGCGACCCGGCCAUCUCACCUGGGGGCCCCCCGCUCGGCCUGGUGCCGCCGCCGCGAUACCCUGGCAGCCUGGACGGGCCCGGCGCGGGCGGCGAUGGCGACGACUACAAGAGCAGCAGCGAGGAGACUGGUAGCAGCGAGGAUCCCAGCCCCCCUGGUGGCCACCUCGAGGGCUACCCCUGCCCGCACCUGGCUUACGGAGAGCCGGAGAGUUUUGGGGACAAUUUGUACGUGUGCAUUCCGUGCGGCAAGGGCUUUCCCAGCUCCGAGCAGCUGAAUGCGCACGUGGAGGCUCAUGUAGAGGAGGAGGAGGCGCUGUAUGGCAGGGCCGAGGCGGCUGAGGUGGCGGCCGGGCCCCCUUUUGGGGGCGGUGGGGACAAGGUCCCUGGAGCUCCUGGUAGCCUAGGAGAGCUGCUGCGGCCAUACCGCUGCGCAUCCUGUGACAAGAGCUACAAAGACCCAGCCACGCUGCGACAGCACGAGAAGACGCACUGGCUAACCCGGCCUUAUCCGUGCACCAUAUGUGGGAAGAAGUUCACGCAACGCGGGACCAUGACGCGCCACAUGCGCAGCCAUCUGGGCCUCAAGCCCUUCGCAUGCGACGCUUGCGGCAUGCGCUUCACGCGCCAGUACCGCCUCACGGAGCACAUGCGCAUCCACUCAGGCGAGAAGCCCUACGAGUGCCAAGUGUGUGGCGGCAAGUUCGCACAGCAACGCAACCUCAUCAGCCACAUGAAGAUGCACGCUGUGGGCGGCGCGGCGGGCGCAGCCGGAGCGCUGGCUGGUCUAGGGGGCCUACCCGGCGUCCCGGGUCCCGACGGCAAAGGCAAGCUUGAUUUCCCCGAGGGAGUCUUUGCUGUGGCGCGACUCACGGCAGAACAGCUGAGCCUGAAGCAACAGGACAAGGCGGCUGCGGCCGAGCUGCUGGCGCAGACCACGCACUUCCUGCACGACCCCAAGGUGGCGCUCGAGAGCCUCUACCCGCUGGCUAAGUUCACCGCGGAGCUGGGCCUCAGCCCAGAUAAGGCGGCGGAGGUGCUGAGCCAGGGCACUCACCUGGCCGCGGGUCCCGACGGCCGGACCAUCGACCGUUUCUCUCCCACCUAGAGCACUUCUCGGCGGCUGGCCUUGCCGCAGCCCCGCGUGCGGCCUGGCCCAUCCUCCUAGAGCGCGGGUUGAGAGCGAGCGGGCACUUCCCGGCCCGCCCGCCCGGACACUGGUAGCAGCGGUAGCGGUGCCGCUGUGGCGGCCCCACCUGACCUCACUGCUUUGUGCCUUAGCCCGGGGUUGGGGGAAAACCCCGGGUCGGGGGUGGGAUGGGGGAAGGGAGAUUUAUAUUUUUGAUAUCAGCGUUGACCAAAGGAGACCCCCGGCCUCUUCCCACCUCUUCCUGUGGUUUGUUGGCCCCCUCCUCCCGGCUCCGUGCUGCUCGUUGGUGAGGAGGGGUGUCACUGUGGAGGCGCUCCCAGCUCCCAGCCCUACCUCCGGCCCUUGCGACCACACCCAUUCUCACUGUGAAUCUCCCUGCUGGGGUCGGAGCACCGGGCAGAGUUGGGGAGAGAGGAGGGGACUGAGCCUGCCGGAGGGCCCUUCUCACCUCAGCUCCAGCCCGCCCCGGGACUGAUAAUGUGAAGUUCCUCAUUUUGCACAAGUGGCACUAGCCCCAGGGCCAACCACCAAGGCCGGGAGUUCUGGAGCCAGGGCACAGACAGCCCUGGCCUACCUGGUCUCCCGCUCCUGCGGUGUCCCCGUCCCUUCCCUUCCCUGGGGCCCCGGACCAUAUUUAUUGCAUGCGCCCCGGGUGGCCCCCGUCCCAAGCCCAGUCUGGGCUGGAAUUCAGUCUCCUUAGCUCCCUCCUCCUAAGUUUGUAUAUUUCCUAUCUUGUACACAGGCUCUUCCAGAGCCGCUUCCAUUUUCUAUACUCGAACCAAACAGCAAUAAAGCAGUAACCAAGGUCCCCAA